AUGACUGCGAUGAGACGCAUCGCAAAGCACUGUACAGAUUUAGACUUUCUGGAUAUAGAAAUUUCCAUAACUGCACAAUGGUGCUUAAAGUCGCUCCAGAGCUCUGUUAGAGAGCUUCGUAUUGCUGCCGGACGAACUAUUACCGUGUUUUUAUCCACAUCAACUCAUCCGAGCAUCACAUCAAAAGUUGUACAAAGGAACUGCGCAAAUGUUCUCAACAUACUUCGGUCUCUUUCGGACCAAGACAUGCCUCAGCUUACAGAAACUUGUAUUUUAGCUUGGUCUCAAGUUGGAAGUGUUAUAGACGAUGAUCAACUAAACCUCGUACUCGUGAAGCUGGUUGAUUAUCUAGGGCACGAGAGCAUGAUCAUAUCUGCAGCCGCAUUUGCCGAGAUAGUGAAGCUGGCUCGCUCUCGGGGUAUGGCUAUUCGGCAAUUCUUUGAACCGUUUUGGCGAUAUCUUGCCUUCUCCGCAACCAAAGAUCUCACGACCCGCCCAAAACUGACAAAGCUAUUGGCAGAGCUAUUAGAUAUGAGCGUAGUGGAGCUGCUACUGUACAUACAAAAAUAUGCUCUGCCCUGGCUUGUGCUUACCAAGAAGCGAGAUGUUAUUCAAAAGAUCGCCGAAGCUCGAAACGAAAAAGAAGUGUGGCAGCCGUGUCUGGACGAGGCUAACUUAGGCCCAAUACUGGCUCUUUUGCUUACCCAGGAAGCCCCUGAUAUUCAGCAAUUUUGUAUGGAGUUGUUGGGGCAUAUCUCGCUCCAUCUUAAUAAAUCGGGUGGUCUUCUAGAGUUACUUCGAAUAGAACCUAUCGGGACUACCUUAGAACUACUGAAGGCCGCAGGCGAUUCCGAAGAAGAUCGAAAACAUCACAUCCGCGGCGUCUUGAAUAAAGUGGCAAGCAUGAUGCUAGCGGGGAGUGGAGAGUUGAAACAGAAAAAAGUACACGCAUCAGGCCCCUUUUUACAGAGGUAUGCACUGGCACUCAUGGCCGGGCUAACUCAGGUCAUCAAUGAUGCGUCAAUCCGAACAUCAAUACAAGAACGGAAACGAUACAUAAAAGCGAUGGAGGAGAUGAUUCGAACUGGUAAACAGUACAUCCGUAUUGCUCGUCCGCAGAUCUCCGCUUGUCUUCAGGCGGUAAUGCUAUACGACGAACUUCGCUCCGCUGCGUUUUCAUGCUGGGCUGCAAUGCUUAUUCACUUGGAAGAAGAGGAUGUCGAGGCUCUUAUUGAAACGACAUUCUUCCUCAUCAGUCAUUACUGGUCCUCAUUCGACGAAGCAACCCAGAAGCUGACUCGAAAUUUAAUCGAAUCUUUAUUAGAAAAAGAGAGUGUGGUAUUAGAAGCGAUGAUUAGUAAACUGCCAUCGUUUAGUCACAUCAACAAUCUAUUAGAUAUCGAAGCUCAGUUGAGCAAGCUCCGUCAACCUGUAGACAGCAGGACGGCUUUCUCCUUGCUCGCAGAGAGAAUUCGCCAUGAGAAUGAUGGGGUCGUCUUGCUAGCACUGAGAGAGCUCGUAUCCUAUCUACAGAGGCAGCAAGACUAUUUACAGGCAUCCGCCGUUAGUGAGCAACCUGACUCUGUUGUGCCUAUCCUUGCUCGCUCGCUUCUUGAUUGCUCAUCGCGAUAUAACGGCGUCCACGGUGAAAUCUGCGAUCUCUGCACCCAGUGCAUAGGGUUGAUAGGUUGUCUAGACCCAAACCGCGUGGAGACAGUUCGUGCGGAGAGACAGAUCGUUGUUAAAAGUAAUUUUGAGCAUGCCGGGGAGACAACAGAUUUUGUUAUAUAUAUACUUGAGGAGGUUCUAGUUAAAUCAUUCCUUUCCGCAACUGAUACUAAUCUUCAGGGGUUCCUCUCAUAUGCCAUGCAAGAGCUUCUCGACAGAUCUGAUAUCAGAGCUGCCGUGGAGAUGCAAGGCUCUCGAGAGGCAGCACCUAUUUACCGCAAAUGGCUGACGAUGUCUGAAAAUUCUCGGGAGGUAUUAAUUCCUUUCAUGACUUCGAGAUACGUUGUCCAACCAAUGGCACCACAGAAGACAGAAUACCCCAUCUUUCGUCCCGGUAAGACAAGGUAUGCCAACUGGAUGCGGAAUCUCACCCUCGAUCUUAUGCGUAAACCGCAAGCUCCAUUUGCUCAGCUCAUAUUCGAACCCCUAUGUCGGGUGAUUCGAAUCAAGGACCUAUCAACUGCGGAAUUUCUAUUUCCUUAUGUAGUUCUUCACAUUGUUGUUGGUGAAGAUACGACGGACGAAGAGCGAUCAAAUGUUCUUAAUGAGCUUCUCAACGUACUUCAACACGAAGUUCCGAAUAAUGCUACUUACGAAGAGAGGGAGAAUCAAAAGUUGUACUGCGAGGCUGUGUUUCGUUUUAUUGACUAUGGUAUGCGAUGGUUACAGUUGAAGAGGAGUUCUGGUGGCCUUAAUCCGCGCGACCACGCUGCUAUGGAUAAAGUACAGAAGAUACUUGAAUCCAUUCCCGCUGAAUUGAUAUCGAAGCGGGCAGUAGAUUGCAAGGCUUACUCUCGAGCCUUGUUCCAUCUAGAACAGCAUAUUCGUCAGGUAGAUGAGGAGAAGAGAGGCACCGACGAGAGAGAGCGAUUCCUUCAAAGGUUGCAAGACAUAUAUACGCAAAUAGAUGAACCGGAUGGUUUGGAGGGAAUAUCAGCACAUCUGCACGUACUUGACAUUAACCAACAGGUUCGAAGUCAUCGGAAGGCUGGGAGAUGGGCAGCGGCACAGACUUGGUAUGAAAUCAAGCUGGCUGAAGAUCCUGAUAAUGUAGACGUUCAGAUCGAUCUCUUAACUUGCCUUAAGGAGUCAGGACAGCAUGAUGUCCUUCUGAAUUAUGUAGAAGGUAUCGAGAAGCACACCGCAAUAACGACGAUCAAUCGGAUAGUGCCGUACGCCGUAGAAGCGUCCUGGGCAACGGGAAGGUGGCAGACGAUGGAGAAAUUUAUUAGGAAGUACCAAGGAGAUCUUACGGAAAAUUUCAACGUAUCCAUCGCUCAAGCCCUUCUUUGCCUAAAAAGGGGAUCGACCAAGGACUUCGUCGAUCAGAUGAAAAUACUCAGGGACAGAGUCAAUGCUUCCAUGAAUUACUCAGUCACAUCAUCGCUACAAGCGUGUCACGAGCCCAUGCUGAAAUGCCAUGUCUUAACCGAUCUAGAGCUUAUUGCUGGCAUUAACAACGAUGGCAACCAACAUCCCCAGGAGGUGCUCAAAACUCUCAGCCGACGUCUUGAGGUUCUCGGAUCGUAUGUGAGCGAUAAACAGUACGUGCUCGGUAUUCGGCGGGCAGCUAUGAAAUUGUUAGGAUCGCGAUUCAGUGACCUGGAUAUUUCAGCUCUCUGGCUGUCAAGUGCUCGGCUUGCAAGAAAGACUAAUUCCAUGCACCAGUCCUUCAACGCAGUGCUCCAUGCUUCACAGCUGGGUGAUAAUUCAGCAACCAUCGAAAAUGCUCGACUCUUAUGGAAAGAAGGUCACAAUAGAAAGGCAAUACAGACGCUUCAAGGAGCUAUUGCUAGCCAAGCCUUUACCAGCCAUAGUUUCACCGAACAUGAAUCCUCUGAGAAAAACCUUGAGUCGCAACAGAGCAUGUUGACUGCGCGUGCUCAAUUACUUCUCGCAAAGUGGCUCGAUAGUGCAGGCCAGACUCAUGCAUCUGCGCUGCGGGAACAUUAUCGGAACGUCCCUAAAAUCUACGGCACGUGGGAAAAGGGUCACUACUACCUCGGCCGACAUUACAAAAAAGUUCUUGAAUCUGAGAAGGUUCUUAAACCGGAUGAUCAGAGUGACGAAUAUCUAACAGGGGAGACGGCGAAGCUCGUAAUCGAGAACUACAUCAGAUCAUUAAACUAUGGGGUCAAGUACCUCUACCAAACCCUUCCUCGGGUACUAACGUUAUGGCUUGAGAUGGGUGCUCAGGUCGAUAAAGCACCGGAAGGCAAGAUCUCUCUUUCCAAAGAGCUUCAGUAUCGUCGUAAAACACAGCUCGAGUCGCUUCAUAAGUAUCUUUUCAAAUCAAUUCAGCGGUUACCAGCGUAUAUCUUCUAUACAACUUUACCUCAACUAGUAGCUCGUAUCGCUCAUCCUAAUACAGAAGUAUUCAUGAUACUCGAGGAGAUCAUAUUGAGAGUUGUCGAGGCUCAUCCAAGACAAGCACUAUGGAGUUUGUUUGCUGUUAUGACAUCUCGGCAAGCGACUUCUGAACGGAGGGCGCGCGGUCAGCAGAUGCUACAAAAGCUCAGAGGUAAAAAUAAGAAGGUAGAGAACGGUACUUACGAUCUCAAAGCUCUGCUGCGAAUGGGUGAGAAGUUGGCAGAGCAGCUACUCAUGGCUUGUAAUAAUGGGGAUUUCCAGAGCAAUAGGACGACAGUAGCCAGCAUCACCCGAGAUUUGAACUUCAAUCACAAAUGUACUCCGUGUCCCCUCGUCGUUCCGAUCGAAGCCUGUCUCACGGCCACGCUGCCUACCCUCACAGAUAAUGUCAAAAAACAUAAAGCGUUUUCGCGAGACGUCAUUUCCAUUCAAUCAUUCCUUGACGAGGUUUUAGUCCUAGGUUCUUUAGCGAAACCUCGAAAACUUACAGCUCGCGGGUCAAACGGAGUAAACUAUGGUCUGCUCAUCAAACCUAAGGACGAUCUUCGAACUGACCAACGGCUAAUGGAAUUCAAUGGAAUGAUCAAUCGAUCGUUGAAGCGAGAUGCGGAAUCCAGUAGGAGACAACUAUACAUCAAAACGUACGCCGUUACGCCACUCAAUGAAGAAUGCGGUAUCAUCGAGUGGGUUGACGGGCUUAAAACACUUCGGGAUAUUCUCCUCGCUAUUUACCGAUCGCGUGGCAUUAUCCCCAAUUAUCAACACCUCGCACAGAUGAUGAAAGAUGCUGCCUCGGGAGACAAGAAUACCAAAAUAUUUUCAGAAACGAUCAUAGGAAUGUUCCCACCUGUACUUCCUAAUUGGUUCAUCGCGCAAUUCCCGAACCCUUCAGCCUGGUUCGCAGCUCGACUUAGGUACACAAGGUCGUGCGCUGUCAUGUCGAUGGUUGGUACCAUUCUAGGACUCGGUGAUCGACAUGGAGAGAACGUGCUCCUAGAAGAAGGCAACGGCGGCGUAUUUCAUGUCGACUUCAAUUGUCUUUUCGACAAAGGCCUUACCUUUGCGCAGCCUGAACGGGUGCCAUUCCGCUUAACGCACAAUAUGGUGGCAGCAAUGGGAAUUUACGGAUAUGAGGGGCCAUUUAGACAGUGUUCAGAGCUGACACUAAGCAUUCUUCGACAACAAGAGGAGACGUUGAUGACUAUUUUAGAAGCUUUUAUCUACGAUCCAACAUUAGAUUUGCAGCGAGAUAAGCGUAGAAAGAACGAGGUAGUCAGGCUUAACCCCCAGAGCGUGGUGGAUAGUAUUAAGAGGAAAGUUAGGGGUUUACUACCCGACGAGAGCAUACCGCUUGGAGUGGAGGGGCAGGUGGAAGAGCUGAUCAAGCAGGCUGUCAACCCAAAGAAUCUGUCGGCUAUGUAUAUUGGUUGGUGUCCGUUCUUGUAG